AUGGCUUCAGAAGGAGCAUCUCCAGUGCUGGGACCCCAUGGGACCACGGACCCUGGAGCCUCCAUGCCUUCCGUCCCGGCUCGGCCCUUUCCCGCCCCCACUCCCGCCCCGCCCCAGCGGCCACUCUGGGGGCAGCACCCGCCGCCCCGCCCGACCCGGCCAUUCCCUCCCGGUGGCCCCCUGGUGCUGCAAGCCCUCCCCAGCUCACCGUUGGUGGUAGGAGAGCCUGGCCUUGGCCCCAGUGGGACCGGGACCCGCAAUGUCAUUGUCCAGGUCAGGUCGGAAUGGGGGUCCUCAGAGACACCCCAGACUCAGACCAUCGUCCUUACUCAGGCCCCCCUCAGCUGGAGUGCUCCAGGGGCCCUCUGUGGGGGUGCUGCAUGUCCCGCACCCCUCUUCGUGGCAGCCCCUGUGCUGGAGACCAGCAUGCCUGCCUCGGCCUUUGGGGGCCCCCAGGCUGGCAAGGGAGGCUUGGCCCCGGGCCUUCCAGCCCCAGCCCCGCCCCCGGCUGCCCAGCCGACCCCCACCGUGUCCCCAGCGAACGCGGGGCCACAGCCUCACGGAGCUUCCAGGGAGGGCAGCCUGGCCAGGAGCCCGACCAAGGCCUCGCCCGAGGACUCCUGUAACCCCAAGAGUGUUUACGAGAACUUCAGGCGCUGGCAGCGCUUCAAGUCGCUGGCCCGGAGGCACCUCCCGCAGAGCCCCGAUGCAGAAGCUCUCUCCUGCUUCCUCAUCCCGGUGCUGCGGUCCCUGGCCCGCCUGAAGCCCACCAUGACGCUGGAGGAGGGAGUGUGGCGGGCCGUGCAGGAGUGGCAGCGCAGAAGCAACUUCGACCGCGCCAUCUACUACGAGAUGGCAGGGAAGUUCAUGGAGUUUGAGCUGGAGGAGGAGAUGCAGAUUCAGAAGUUGCAGUGGGUGAAGGUGGCCCAGGGCCUGCCUCCUCCAGCCCUGCCGAAGCCUGAGCCGCGGGCGCCCCCAGCCCCAGAAGCGGGCCCACAGCCAGCGUGCAUUCGCAGGAAGGCGGGUUCCAGGGCCCAGCCCUCCCGCCUGCGGCCGCACAGACCCCCACGGCCCCUGGAGAACAAGGCGCCCAAGGAGAUCCCCCCUGAGGCCGUGAGAGAGUACGUGGACAUCAUGGAGGGGCUGCUGGGGCCUGGCCACUCUGCCCCGGGGGGGCCGGCAGGUGAAUGGGGAGAGGACGGAAAGGAGCCACAGCAGGAUGAGGCCACGACCUACCCGGACCCGGGUCUCCUGAGCUACAUUGACAGGCUGUGUUCCCAGGAAGACUUCAUCACCAAGGUGGAGGCAGUCAUCCACCCCCGAUUCCUGGCAGAAUUGCUUUCCUCAGAACCACAGCUGGACCUCCUGGCCCUAGCGGAGAAAUUGGAGCAGGAGGAAGGACUUACCCUUGAAGAGCUGGUGAAGAAAAGACUGGUGGCCUUGAAGGCAGAGGAGGUGCAGGCAGCCCCCCGUCACUGCGCAGCCCGGUCGGGCUCUGGUCCUGAGUGUGAGGCCGGUCCCGGACUGGGGCUGGGGGUCAGCAACAAAGCCUGCCCAGCAGAGACUGACGGCCAGGACCUUCCGAGGCACGGCCGAGCACACACACACCUGUCCGGGCCCAGAGCCUUUGCGCUCUCUCCCGGAGGGCAGGAGUCCCCCGCACCCCCGGCCGGAUGGCCCCCCUCCCCUCCCCAGGGUCAAAGGUGCCCCUCCGCUCGACCGGGCCCCAGGGACGCGCCCGUUCUCAGAGAGGCCCCUCCUGCUCGGGACACUCGAGGGCCAGUGGACGGGUCCAGUGAGGACGAGGAGGAGCUCCCCAGCCUGGCCUUCCUCCUGGCCUCUCAGCACAGCCUGCUGCCCUGGGGGCUCUCCCUGAGUCCCGCUCCUGCCUCGGGCUUCCCCAGCCCUGGAGGUCGGGGGCUGUGGGGGGCUCCCCGGGCCCCCUCUCCUCAGAGGAUAGGCCUCAGCCCGGCCACCCCCCCAGCUACCAAGUCCAGGAAGCGGGCUCUGUGUGGGGGCCCAGCCCCUGCUGGGAACACGCCCCUCCCUGGGGCCAACCUCAGGGGCUCCGCGAGGCCGGCCUCGGCCAUGGGGCUGGUUCAGCCCUCACAGCCUGCAAAGAGAAGGUGUGACUCCUUCGUCACGGGCAGGAGGAAGAAGCGGCACUGUUUGGGCGAGGCCCCUACCGCGCUCGCCACUCACAGAUGUGCGUCCCUGCAGCAGCACGGGGCCAAGGCCAUCCGGGUCCGAGGGACGCCUGGCCCUCUGCUUGCCCCCCUCCCACCGCCCCCCCCCCCCAGCAAAGAGCUCAGGCAGGCGGCUCUGGAGUGCUCCCCACCCUCCUGCCCCUUCCUGCAGCAGAGGUUUCAUCUUGGCCGCACUCCGCAGCGGCUGCCCCUCCCUGUCCAGCCUGGCCUCCCCAAGACGAAGGGGCUCAGGGGCUCAGCCGGACGCAGACAGAGGUUGCCACCCCGUGCGCGUCACCCCACCGUGUCCCUGUCCAUGGUGUGCGCUCGGCAGGCGCUGGAUGCUCACGGCGUGGGCGAAGAUUCGCCUGCGUUCCUCGGAAAAUCCGAGACACUGGAGGGCAUCUCCACACCUGGGAAGAAUGACAUCUUGUCCAACUCACCAGCCCAGUGGUGUUGA